GAGUUCAGAACGUGCGAUUGUUAGUAUAAAGAAGAAAAGAUAGAGUAAGGAAGUAGAUAGGAGAAGAGAGAUGAGAUUGAUAUCCUCUUCGACAUGCUUCACUUCACUUCCUCCAUGUUUUCCAACUUCUCUCACCAAAACCACUAAAUCAUCACCAAAGUUCAGCAUGAGCAUGAGUGAGGAUCCGGUUCGUGAGUGGAUUCUUUCAGAAGGGAAAGCUACAAAGAUAACCAAAAUUAGCCCUGUUGGUGGUGGCUGUAUCAAUCUUGCCAGUCGCUAUGAUACUGAUGUCGGUUCCUUCUUUGUUAAAACAAACAGGAGUAUUGGACCAUCCAUGUUUGAAGCAGAGGCUCUUGGUUUAGGAGCUAUGUAUGAAACCGGGACUAUCUGUGUACCUAAGCCAUAUAAGUUUGGACCGCUACCUACUGGUGGUUCUUUCAUCAUCAUGGAAUUCAUACAAUUUGGUGCAUCUAGAGGCUAUCAGUCUGAACUAGGGAGGAAGCUUGCUGAAAUGCAUAAAGCUGGAAAGUCCAGUAAAGGCUAUGGUUUCGAUGUAGAUAACACCAUUGGCAGUACUCCACAAAUAAACACCUGGUCAUCAGAUUGGGUUCAAUUUUAUGGAGAGCAUAGAUUGGGUUACCAGUUGAAGUUAUUAUUGGACCAAUUCGGUGACAGAACCAUUUACGAAAAAGGACAGAGACUAGUGAAAAGCAUGGGACGCCUGUUUGCCAAUGUGAAGAUAGAACCAUGCUUACUACAUGGAGACCUCUGGAGUGGAAACAUUAGUUCUAACAAAAAUGGAGAACCUGUCAUAUUGGACCCUGCAUGUUAUUAUGGACACAGUGAAGCAGAAUUCGGCAUGUCUUGGUGUGCUGGCUUUGGAGGCUCAUUCUAUGAUUCUUAUUUUAAGGUGAUGCCUAAACAACCAGGCUUUGAGGAGAGGAGAGACCUUUAUAUGCUGUAUCAUUAUCUAAAUCAUUAUAAUCUCUUUGGUUCUGGAUAUCGAUCAUCUGCCAUGUCUAUAAUUGAUGAUUAUCUUGGACUUUUAAGUGCUUAGGAUUAAGUGCAUUAUCCUCGAGGUUGUGUAUGAAUGAGGUUGUACAUUUGUCUACAUUACAUUUCCCCAAUCACCUCAUUCAAUGAAAUGGAGAUAUUCACGUAUUGUAUAUUCCAUGUCUUUCUUUUAUGCCCCUUGGUCCUUGACUUUGUAUUAUGCAGUUUUAUAUAAUGCUGUGCAAGAGAGACUUCAUUGUUUUUCGUCU